AUGAUUGAAACUAUGGAUGACAGUGUUAUUUUGAUAGAGGAGAAGGAAAAUACGGGUUAUGCUGAGAAUGCGAACUUACUGAAAUACGUCAAAAAAGACUUCGGUAGCGCAGAAUAUUCGCAUUCAUCUUAUUCGCACGAAGAAGUUGCAAAUUCUUGUAAAGAGCAGCACCGGAAUGAUGUUUCUGAAAAGUGUAGUAACGAAAAUUCCUCCGAAAAAUCAAAUCGUCAGUCGUUUUCGCAAUCUUUGAAAUCGACUUCUUCAGCUGCAAAAGUUUCGAAUCCGCAAUAUAAACCAGCAGAAUUUAGCACAUUGCCUGAUCAGGUGAAUGAAUCCUUAAAAUCCCCAACGCAUGCACUUGUUAAUGGUGAACUCACCAAGAAGAAGCGGAAAAAAAGAACAAAGGAGGAUAUUAUAGCUGAAAGGGCUGCAAAGCAACUGGUUAAAGAACAGAAAAUUCAAAAACAGAUGGAAAAAAAGUAUUUAGUUCGUUCUGUUAAUGAUUUACCAAAUCAAUGGUUAAUACAUAUUGAGCUGCAGAAACAAAUGGAACUUGAAAGAAAUCUAGCUAGAUUUGAGAGGGAAGUCUCGGCAGCUAAAAAAUCAAAGUGCGAACAAAAUCUGUUUUGCCUUGUCAGUCUUGAUUUACUUACCGAAAUAGAAAAUCUUUGUGAAUGUAUUACGAGAGUAUUCGAGCAGCGUGCAAUAUCAGAUCAAUUGAUUUUUGAUGGAAGUGGUAGUAGAAUUUGUUGGAAGAGAAACAUUUUGCAAGGAGAUAUUGAAAAUGGCGAAUUUGUCCGUUCUGAUAAAUUAAUGUACGAGCAGUUCUGUAUUCUAUCAUUUAGCGCGAUGCGUUAUUCGCAGUUUAAAUCGUCAGAAGAAAUCGCAAACUUUAUUGAAGAGUAUAUGAUUACUUACCCAUUCCCUUCACCUUUACUAACCGUUGUCGUGUAUGGUACAUUGAAAAUGCGCAAGGAAAAAAUAGCAUCUUUUGUACUGGAAAUAUUUGAACGCUACAAAGCGCAAACUCGUUUCGUUUCGAAUGCCGAAGAAUAUGCAAUGCUCGUUGCUCAAAUGCAUCGGUCAAUUGCACGAAGUCAAAUGCAUUCUGAUCAGCAAGACCAAAUAGAUCGUAAUCAGCAAAAUCAACCCAUUGUGGAUAUUAAGAAAGGUGUAACAGAAGGCUCUAAAUCUUUCCUUGUUUCGGACUGGUGGAUGAAAAUGCUCAGUCAAAUACAUCGAAUGGGAACUGAUGCACAACGAACGAUUGUAACUAGCUAUCCAAAUCCACAUAUCCUUUCAGAAAUGCAUGAUUUAUUUUAUAAUGGUAUACAAUUGAUAGCUCAGAAAGAAAUUGAACAUGGAAGAAAGAUCGGACCAGCAUUAGCGCGUAAAAUUUAUUUAAUGCUCACAAGCACAAGUGGUACUGAGAUUAUUGAUGAAGACUAA